AUGUUGCUGUCAACGCUGACACCACGGCUUGUCUCCAGGCAAUGCCUGAAUCGAAUUAUUGCGAUCAGAUUCGCUUCAAAGGGAAUGAAGCUCGAUGGUAAGCAAACGCUGACGGCUGAUCCAAGCUCUUGGCUUCUUCAAAUACGAGCGAGACAUUUCUCGGGAUCCUCGUUAUCACAAUCCUCAGAAGCUUGGCGACACUCCUACAAGAUUCUUGGUGCGAAAACUUCACCACGCCUACGAAUUGUACCCAAUUUUCGCUCUCACUGGUGUCUGGUUUAUAAUGUUCUGCUACGUCAUCUACUACUCGUUCAGCAAGGCUGA